AUGGCCCGGCCACCUCCCUGCUGGCUGUGGCUUCUGGGGACCCUGGCGGGGCUCUCGGCGACCCCAGCCCCCAAGCGCUGUCUGGAGAAGCAAUACUGGGUCCAGGGAGAACUGUGCUGCCAGGCGUGUAAGCCAGGGACUUUCCUCGUGAAGGACUGUGACAGGCCUGGCGAGGCUGCUCAGUGUGACCCGUGCGUCCUGGGGGCCUCCUUCUCACCAGACCACCAUUCCCGGCGCCACUGUGAGAGCUGUCGGCAUUGUAACUCCGGUCUUCUCAUCCGAAACUGCACCCUCACCACAAAUGCAGAGUGUGCCUGCCCCAAGGGCUGGCAGUGCAGGGACAAGGAGUGCACGGAGUGUGAUCCUCCUUCAAACGCCUUGCUGACACUGCCUCGACCAUCCCGGGCCCCGGGCCCACACCCACAACCCACCCACUUACCUUACGCCAAAAAGAUGCAGGAGGCCAGGACAGUCCGGCAGGUGCAGACUCUGGCUGACUUCAGUUGGCUGCCUGCCCCAGCUCUCUCCACCCACUGGCCACCCCAAAGGUCCCUGUGCAGCUCAGAUUGCAUCCGCAUCUUUGUGAUUCUCUCUGGAAUGUUUCUUGCUUUCACCAUGAUCGGAGCCCUGUUCUUCCAUCAACAAAGAAAACACAGACUAAACAAAGAAGAAAGUCCAGUGGUGCCUGCAGAGCCUUGUCCUUACAGCUGCCCCAGGGAAGAAGAGGGCGGCGCCAUCCCCAUUCAGGAAGAUUACCGAAAACCAGAACCUGCUUCCUACUCCUGA